AGAAAUGUUUGGCCGGCGACCGUUCGCGAACAUGCCGCGCCACCCUCGCGGACGUGGCCAGCGAAACGACGGCAUGCUGCUCAUGCUAGCCAUGCAGCUGCUCGGACAGAUCCAGCAACUCGAACGAAAACCCCCCGUGACGCUGGCGUUGAUGGGUGGUAUGGCGGCGCUCUUUCUCUACAAGGGUCAACCUGGUGUGCCUACAGCCCGGCGAUACGCCUUGUGUCCGGACCUCAUCGUCGAGCAGUUUGAGUGGCCGCGGCUCAUUGUGUCGGCGUUUCUUCAUGCGGACGAAUGGCACUUGUACAACAACAUGGCAUCGUUCCUGUGGAAAGGAGUGCAUCUAGAAUUCCGUGUCGGCAGCGAACAAUUCGCCACGAUGGUGGCGCUACUACUCGUGUUGUCUCAUAUGCUUGCGGUUGGGGCAGCCUAUGUAUUGGCCUACGCCCUCGACGACUCGAGUUUCAUCCAUCAGUGCUCGAUUGGGUUCUCCGCCGUUUUAUUUGCCCUUAAAGUACGUAGAACUGCAAAAAAACCUGCGACAAGGUGUGAAACCCACUCUCUUUCCCUUUGGACACAUUCGCAGGUCGUGCUGAACCAGAGCUCUCCUGCGUACACCAACAUUCUGGGCAUCCCAGUGCACACAAAGUACGCGGCGUGGGUGGAGCUCGCGUACUUGCAUUAUUUCGUGCCCGGGUCGUCGUUUGUCGGCCAUUUGGCUGGCAUUUGCGCUGGGUACUUGUACGUGGCAGCACAGCCUGCCUUCGCCCGGCGAUGGACGAUGCCGUCGUCACAUCGGACACGAUAUACAUAUGCAUCGGGCCAUGCGCACAACAACAACAAUGCAGCAGCCCCACGACCUGGUGAAAGUGAUGAAGCGUAUGCCCGUCGCCUCCAAGAAGACGAGUAUCGACGGAGAUAGUUAGCGGCGUUGUCGUGCCUUGACGCUUACUCCAACCAUGAUAAUAGCAAUCCACAAUAUUGUGAAUUCGCUAAUAUCGAAUCACGCUGGAGUUCUGAUUGGUUGAAUAUACUUGU